CAGCCACAACACGCAGAAAAGAGUCCUCGUCGCGCACGUGAAGCUCACUCGAGAAAACCGUUUUUGUUCCGGAUCGCACCCCCCCCCAGAAUCGCCGCGCCUAAAAUGACUGACCACUCGAAGGCGCCGACGGUGUGCGUGUCGCUCUACCUGGACACGGUGUACGAACUGGAGACCGCCAUCGAGGAGGCGGCCCGGUCCAACUUUCAGUCGAUUACGAUUCCGAUGGUGCACCGGCGGUUCGAGCGGGAGUUUGUCGAGGAACCGCUCAAGACGGCGCACCAGUGCUUCACGCGGUCCGACUUGCUACUAACUUCCGGCCAGUGGCUGAAUCGGGUGAUUUGCCGGUUGAGCAACAAUGUGGACUGCGAUUCGGCGGACGGGGACGUGCGGAAGCAGGGGGAAGCGACGAUGCGGCAGGAGAUUUCCUACGCGGAACAUUUGGUCCAGACGGGGUACGUGAUGGUGCGGCUGAAGAGUGGGAAUUGUGCCAAUUUGGCGCGGGUGGUUGGUCACGGGUUGAAGGGGAUUCUGCUGGCGGAAGUUCCGAUGGUAGAUUUGAAGGCGGCGCAGGCCACUUGGCGGGCGGAUGUGGAGGAGGACGUGACGGUUGAGGAUCCGUGGAACUGGUGGAACAACUUCCGGUCGUACGUGGAUCACGACACUCACGUGAAGGUGGCGUUGGAGUUUACGGCGGACAUUCCCAAGAAGGAGGAGAUCUAUCGAUGGCUUGGAGAACCGGUGGACGCGAUUGUUAUUUCGUCGAGCAUCUUUCUGACCAAUUCCAACAACUAUCCGGUUCUCUCGAAGGCUCAUCAGGAGCUGCUGGUGUUGUUCCAUCGAACCCUGGGUUGUCACUUUAUCCUGAAGGCGAAUCCGGAAGACAAACGCCUCGUCCACUACUCCGAUUACAUCAAGUACAUCCUGAAAGCCAACUACGUGAAAGACCCGAUGACCGGCUACGACGACCUGCUGGAAAUCCCGCUCCAGCCUCUGUACGACAAUCUGGACAGCUUCACGUACGAAGUUUUCGAAAAAGACCCCGUCAAAUACAUCCUGUACCAGAAUGCCAUCGAGCAAGCUCUGCGCGAUCGCGUUCCCACCGCAGAACUGGACACGCGAACGUCCAUCAUCAUGGUGGUCGGCGGAGGCCGAGGUCCGCUGGUUCGGGCCACCAUCAACGCAUCGAUCAAGAGCAAACGCAAAGUCAAAGUGUACGUCAUCGAGAAGAACCCGAACGCGAUCGUCACGCUGAGCGCGCUGAUCCGCGAGCUGUGGCGUGAUCGUAACGUUGAGCUCAUUUCCACCGACAUGCGCGAGUUUGAGCCGCCGGAGAAGGCGGACAUCCUGGUGUCGGAGCUGCUCGGUUCGUUUGGCGAUAACGAGUUGUCGCCCGAGUGUUUGGACGGCGCCCAGAAGCAUCUCAAACCGGACGGCAUCAGCAUUCCUUCCAAAUCAACCUCCUACCUCAACCCGGUUAUGACGACCAAGAUCUACAACCAGAUCCGCUCGCUGGAGAAGAGUCCCCACGCCAAGGACCGCAUCGUCACGUCCCGCUACAUGGAGGGUUCGUACGUGGCCUACCUGAAGAACGUGUACCACAUCGACGCCCCCCAGCCGCUGUUCGAAUUUGUCCACCCGAACCCAGCGCCCAUCAUCGACAACAGCCGCUCGGCCAGUCUCACGUUCAAGGCGUCCCUCGACUGCGUGAUGCACGGAUUCACCGGCUAUUUCGACGCGGUCCUGUACAAAGACAUCACCAUCAGCAUCCACCCGUACUCGCACACGCGCGGGCUUGGCUCGUGGUUCUCGAUGUUCUUCCCGAUGACGGAACCGGUGCAGAUUCGCCGUGGGGACGAAAUUCGGGUGAACUUUUGGCGCUGCGUCGCGUCGCACAAGGUUUGGUACGAGUGGAACAUGACGGCACCGCGGCAGAGUCACAUUCACAACGUGCAGGGACGAGGGAUGCCGAUCUGGAAGUGAGCGGAGAGUGAGGGUUAAUUGUUGAUAAAUUAAAGCGCUGAAUAACAUUGAA